UCCAGCUCAUUCCCACACUUACUCUCAAGAUGAGGAAACUGAAGAACCAAGAGGGUAAACUUAUUUGCCCAACAUCACACAGCAAGAAAAUGGGAGAGCUGGAAGAAGAUCUGAGUUCUCCUGACUACCUGUUUGGUGCCCUAUUGAGUUACUUCAAGACAGGUCUUAGUGAAAGUGAAGCCUACAUGAUGUAGGAAUCCCACCUGUAUACUACACAGCAAAAAUUGAUGAUACAGGUUAGCAAGGCUAUUAUCCAUUCUAUAGAUCUCUAAAAAGUGGGGAAUGACUUAAUAGCAACUUCUGUCUGGAAAAUGUCUGUUUUAUGCCAGUGUUCUGCAGAAGCAAUACAGUUUUUAUGGCACAAUAAAGUCCUUAACGGAAGUUAAGCUGUACCAAAGAAUACAGCAGCACAACUUCUAUUUUACCAUCAAAAGGAAAUGGAUAUAAGGGGCUUGGACUUGUCCUCAGACUGACAAAUUAAUUACUGAAACUGCAACAGACUCCAACACGAGGAAAGGUCAAACGUGUACAUUACUGCCCCUCGCCAGGCUGAACGAACUGAUUGUAGCAGGCCUGAGCUUGAAUACAGCGCACAUAAAGGGAUCCUAAUGUUUGUGGUGUUCUUGCGGAUCAGCACUCCAAUGCAACGCAAAGCACUUGUAGGCUCAUUAUGAUGGCUUCAUUCAUUGGAUCUGAAUCCAAAUACUCCUGAACAUGCUGCUUUGAGGAGAACAGACUAUGCUUUUGAGAUGGCCGUGUCAAAUAUCAGAUACGGAGAAGGCGUUACUAAAGAAGUAGGCAUGGAUCUGCAGAAUCUGGGUGCUAGAAAAGUUUGUGUGAUGACAGAUAAGAACCUCUGCCAGCUCCCUCCAGUAAAAGCAGUAUUGAAUUCCUUGACAAAACAUAGAAUCACUUUUCAAAUGUAUGAUGAUGUCCGGGUGGAGCCAACGGAUCAGAGUUUCAUGGAUGCCAUCACAUUUGCUAAAAAGGGAGAGUUUGAUGCCUAUGUUGCCGUGGGCGGUGGUUCUGUAAUAGACACUUGUAAAGCUGCCAACCUGUAUGCAUCCAGUCCUGAAUCAGAUUUCUUAGAUUACGUCAAUGCUCCCAUUGGAAAUGGAAAGUCUGUUACUGUGCCUCUCAAGCCAUUCAUUGCAGUUCCCACAACAGCUGGAACUGGAAGUGAAACCACUGGCAUUGCCAUUUUUGACUACAAAGAACUAAAAGUAAAAACUGGCAUUGCUUCUAGAGCCAUUAAGCCCACAUUGGGUAUGAUUGAUCCUUUGCAUACGCUCCAUAUGCCAGAGCGAGUAGUAGCCAACAGUGGCUUUGAUGUGCUUUGUCACGCACUAGAAGCGUACACUGCUCUUCCUUACAAGAUGCGCAGUCCCUGCCCUUCAAAUCCAAUCAACCGGCCUGCUUACCAAGGCAGCAACCCUAUCAGUGAUGUCUGGGCUGUCCAUGCACUGCGCAUUGUGGCAAAGUAUUUGAAAAGAGCUGUCAGAAUGCCAGGUGAUCAUGAAGCAAGGGCUAACAUGCACCUAGCAAGUGCUUUUGCUGGCAUCGGCUUUGGAAAUGCUGGUGUUCAUCUUUGCCAUGGAAUGUCUUACCCUAUUUCUGGCUUGGUGAAGAGUUACAAAGCAAAGGAUUAUAAUGUUGAUCAUCCUCUGGUGCCACAUGGUCUUUCUGUGGUACUCACCUCCCCAGCAGUAUUUACUUUCACAGCAGAGAUGUGCCCUGAACGGCACUUGGAGGCUGCAGAGAUACUGGGAGCUGACAUCCGCACUGCCAAAAUCAAAGAUGCUGGGCUUAUUUUGGCAGACACACUCCGGAAAUUCUUAUUUGAUCUGAAUGUUGAUGAUGGCUUAGCUGCAAUUGGUUAUUCUAAAGCAGAUAUCCCUGCUUUAGUCAGAGGCACUCUCCCUCAGGAAAGAGUGACUAAACUAUCACCUCGUCCCCAGACGGAAGAAGAGCUAUCUGCCCUGUUUGAGGCAUCCAUGAAACUUUAUUAGUUUAAAUAUUUUACAUGUUCUUUAAUGAUUAAAAACUAACAUGAAGGUAAUUUCCCACAGACAUGGUCUAAACCAGUUCAGAUAAGGAAGGAACAUGUACCUCUUAUGCUUGUAUUUUACUAUCCACUACUAAAAGGUCAGAUAAUUCAUGUUCAGUUCAACACUGUUUUGUGAUUAUGGGGCUGAUUGUGUAAUCAAAGGGGCUACUCUUGUAAAGGUUGUUGGCUCAGAUCUUAAGCUUUGCAGAGGACUUUCUCUUGAGAGCUGGACAAAAAAUGGAGAUAAUUUGUCAUGGAAAUUUUUUUGAAAAUGUUCAGGGGAUGAAUUUAUCUUGUAUUUUAAUUUUCUAUGACUAUUUUUGUCUAAAAAACCCUAAAACUAUAAACUGUGUAGGAAAAACAGGCCACUCUUCCUCAGGCAAUAUUCUCAAACACAAAAUUUGAACCUGCUCAAUUCAGAAGGUUCACCUUAUGAUUUUUUUUACCUUCUCAUUUAAUUUGGGGCCUGAUGUAAAGAUCAUGGGUAAAAAAAAUAUAACUUUUUUUAACAAGUCUGGAAAAGGCUUCCCAAAAGUUUUUUGUUUCACUAUUUAUUUUUAAAGUGAUUUGCCAGGCAUUUUUGUCUUUUCAUUCAGAAGUUAUGCAUGAGAAUAAGUUCGCUUGUUCCGACAGGGUGGCUAACUGGUUACCUGUCAACUGAGAAAGCGAACAGGCAGAAGGGGGAUAAAAUUCAAAUGUAAGUAUUAAAGUCUUUCCUGGAUUUUUCAUCCUCUCUUGAGCCCCUUUGGGGUAGUGAGUUUUGCUGCCUACGUAACAUAGCAUUUGCUGCUUCACACAGCAGUCUUAUACAGAGAAUAUUGGAAAACAGGAACAUUAUUUUGAAGAGAUUUUUAAAGUUGUUACUGUUAUGUGGCAUUUUAAAUUAACCCAUUUACUGGUUUUCACAAAAACUCUGAUUUUAGUAUUGCUAUUUUAAUCUAUUUUAUCAAACUUUUUAUCAAAUUUUUAUUUAUUGAAAGCCAUGUUUUCUUACAGAAAGCAGAAAAAUAUCAAUAAUUUUGAAAACAAUUUUGAUAAAAAUAGCAAUUAAAAAUGUUGCCAAAAAUUUUUUCUCACAAAAUAGAAAAUUUUGGUACUGGUGACAUUUGGCAGAAAGUUUUUCCAAAAAAGGUUAGUUUUCAAAAAAAUUUUAAACAAAAAAUAUCAACCAGUCUAAAAUGUUUCUCUGUACUAGACAGGGCUUUAAUGUCCUGUCAUAUUCAGAGUUUGCUGCAGCAAACUCUGAAAGUUGGCACGUCUGUAUCACAGAACAAAAGAAAGAACAGGAAGUUUUUUAAUUGAAAAUUAUUCUAUUAGGCACAGAUUUCAUUGGCAUUGUACUGCAACACCGGCAGCAGUAUACACAAUACUCAUACUGUAUUCAUUUAAAAACAAAUUCUGAUGUCUUUUAAAUUCUGUUCUGGCACCAAUUUCAUGCAGUGGCCACAGCACAAGUUCAAUGUAGGAAAAGCAUAACAUGCUAGUUAGUUCCUUUACUCAGUUACUUUUACUCUUUGCCUCAUUAUGAUUCUGUUCUGCAGCCACUUCACAUGCAACUCUUCCACUGAAGUAGAGGAAGGAUGUCUUGUACAUUUAUGACUAUUAAUCUUGGCUCAAUAAGUCUGAUGCCUUCCAACCACAUGUUAGGACCUUAUGAUGGAAGUAUAUUGGCUGUGGGGUUUUUAGGUCCCUUUAGUGCUCGGAUGGGUAGCGAUGGGAGGCUGAAGGUCCUCUGUCUUUCCACUGAAUAGGUACAGCAUGGGCAGUGGUUAUACAGACAGAUCUGCCAAUAUCCCUCAGCCUGUUCUGAGAAGCUAAUUCAUUUUCCCUGUCAUUCCAUAUCCAUUACCUCCUUCAUUCUAGUGCAAAUGCCAACAAGAGCUUCAAUUGUGAAAGCUGGUUUCACAAUAUGUGGAUUUUAUUUUCUAUAUUACACUAAGUUAUCUCAACAAAGCCUCACCCCACCCUUAACGUUGUGUUGCAUCUUUUAUAUAUAAUUUCUGUUCUCCCUCUGUGAAGUUUCAUCUUUGUGCAAUAGCAAUGGUAUGGUGCACUGAGGAGACAAUUGUUGUGGGAAUCUAUUUUCUAGCCAGACAUUUUGGGUUUGGAGGGGAUGUAGCUUCUUCCAGUUGAACAGCGGAUGAGUUUAUUAGGUAUGUUGUUUCUCAUGAGUGCUUUGAUGGGUAAAAAGGAAAGGGGGUCUUUCACUCUAGCAUGGUUCUUAUUUUGCAUUUAUAUUGGUAUGCAAGUAAAUAGUAGAAUAGCUUCACUACUAAUAGUACUUUACACUUACAUAUAACCCCUUGCAUUAAAGGAACUCAAAGCAAUUUACUAACAUUCGUGAAUUAAGCCUCACAACAGCCCGUGAGGUGAGCUAAUAUUAUUACCCCUAUUGUAUAGAUGAGGAGACUGAGGAACAGAGCAAUUAAGUGACUUGUCUAAGGUCACACAGGAAGCUUGUGGCAGAGUCAGAAACAUAACCCAAGUCUCCUGACACCUAGUCUUACGCAUUAUCUGUAAGACCAUCCUUCUACGACUAAUCAUUAGCCAGUGCUGAAAACUGUGUGAGAAGAAUCAAGAGAGAUGAAUCCAUCCAAUUCAAAUAGUAACAGUUUGACAGUGCUGGUGGUGGUUAAAUCCAGAAUGGGAUCUGGGGUACAAGUAUAAUUUACUGGCAGUUUUAUCUGCCACUGAGUUAGAGGUUUUUAAUGUAAUAAAAUACACUAUUCCAUACCUGAAGUCCACAUUUUCAAACAUGUGCACAUAUCUUUGUGCAGGUCCAGUUUGUACUCCUGAAUAUGGGACUUGUGCAUGUGUGGUUACAACUCGUGAACACCCAUUGGUUGGGCAUGUGUAGAGAAUCUGAGCCACUUGUUCUCUGAUUUAUAAAAAUGUUAACGCCUCAAACACUAAAGCCUUUCAUAAUGUAUCUUAUAUAGUUUGGAUAGUGCCUUUGGGAGCUAUUGCAAUACAAACAAGUAAUGAUGUGUUUCCUACAAAUAUAAGCUUGUGAAAAUGUUUGAGAACUGUGUUUUAACUGUCGUGUUAACUUGAAUCUUGAAAUGUAAUUGUGAAUCCAAACCAUUCAGAGGAAAUAAGCGUUCAUUAGCUUCACUGGGCAGUAUGGUUAUUCCUGAUUAGAUGCUUACUCAAUGAGCUGACAGUAUGUUGACAAACCAUUGCAUUAUGGAUAAUUGAAACGAAUGUCCAAUUUACAAAAAUAAAGAGCAUCCUAUCUA